AUGAAAAACAUUUGUAUGGAUUUCUUAGAACAAUUGUCGGAUAUUUAUAAAUUUCCUCCUCUACGCUAUUUGCUAGAGUUGGAUGUUAUGGAUUUGAGUGAUAAAUUUCCUGACUUGGGUUUAUUCUUGGUUGACGAACCCUUGAAAUUCAAUAAAAUAUGCAAUGAAAUUUUGUUUGCAUGCCUCAGGUCGAUAGAUAACGACUAUAAGCAAUUCAUUCAGUCAUCGCAAGUUGCUGUUACAAUCAGACUAAAAAGUUUACCACGUGUUUUAUCUCGAUCGACAAGCCGCAGAUACGCAGGUAUAGUAUCGUUUUACGGAUUGCUUUUAGCGAUCUCAAAAUUAACUUGCUACGUAUUUCACACUGUUUGGUCUUGCCCGGAAGAAUGUGAGGGAAAUGAAAUUGUUCUACAUUAUAUACCAAAAAUACCACCCAAAUGCUAUGUUUGCAAAAGCGUCUUGUUCGAAAACAGUGGACUGAGGAGAUGUGGUGAGCAAGUAGAAGCAACGUUUAAAUUGGAAAAUGUAAUUCUGUGCAAAAAAUUUGUAAUCACAGAUGAUCUUAUAAGUACACUAAGCUUAGGUGAUACUUACGUUAUUAAUGCGGUCAUUUUGAAAAAAACGGCUGCAGUGUGGUCGUUGGAAAAGCACAUACCAUGGGCUGCUCCUCAUACUUGUUCAACGCCAGCUGACAUAAAAGAUUUGUAUACAGCAUGCGAUGAUAUUCCUUGGAAAUUUAUAUACUGCCUUGCCUCCAGCAUCGGAAUUCACGUUUGUCCUUUAAACUGUUUUAUUAACGUGAAAAUUAAUUUACUACUGAGUUUAACGAGCGUUAAAGCUCACUUACAUUCUGGUUCCAGAAUAUUGCACUUUUUGGGCGCAGGCUACGAUACUAGUUAUGUAGGAAAAUUAAUGCAUGAAGCAGCUGUUUUAGCUGACGGGCACGUGGAAUUCGGAACUUCAAAUAUGUCGGUUACAACGUCUCUUAUAGCUGCCUCAGGGAGCAUUUGCUUAUUGCCGCUACCUCUGCAAAUAUAUGGCCAAAAACACAUAAAUUCUAUUCUGUCAUCAAUUGAAACAGGCGACAUACCAAGCGAAAAUUGUAAAACUACAUUGAAAUGUGCUGUCUGGGCACACGGAAUGGAUUUUAAGAAAAUCACAUUGUAUAAUAUUGCAAGUGUAUUUGGUUUAGUAUGUCGCGGAGACUUGGGUGAAUUUGCUGAUGAUAUAAGCGAUUUUAUUCUGCAAGAAGCUAUAACCCCGUCUGAAACAACUGCAGAAGAAACGCGGGCCCUUAAAGAUGUGAAGGAACAUAUAGAUUUAGUAGCGGGUAUAGUGGUUAAUUUGAGUCAAGAAUCGGAGAAUCUUUUGCAAAAUUACUUCUUGGCAGCUCGUAAGGAAAGGCCUAAAGCUGUUACUGUAGCUUGUAUGUCAGCAUUGGUGACUAUUUGUUUAACGUCAGCGAGGCUUUGUCGUCGUAACGAAACAAAUAUAGAAGACGCCGUGUUUUCUAUAUGGUUGCACGUUUGUGGUGGGCCGGAACCGAGGUUUGCGCCCGAUGAAUAUUUAGAAACUCCAGCUGAUAUGAAGAAACUUCAUAAAGUUAUUAAUAGCUUCAAAACUUGGCUGGAACAAUUCACCGGUGUUUUUAUUUAA